AUGUCGAUAUCAAACGAGGCGCUGCAAAAGGUCAGUCCGUUGAUCCAAGAGAUCGAGCUCAAGUCGAUCCAGGCGCAGCAGCAGAUCAGCAUGGUCCGCAGCCAACAAGCGUCCAAGCAGCGUGAGAUGAGGCUCGCCGAGUUGACACGAAGCGAGAUAUCUUCACUGCCUACAGAGACACCUGUGUACGAGGGGCUUGGUAAGAUGUUCGUCUUGACGCCAGCGGCAGACCUGAACGCCAAGCUUGGCAAACAAGUCAAAGAGCUAGGAACGGACAUAGAGAAUCUGGGGAAGAGGCUACACUACCUUGAGACAACGGCCAAGAAUAGCCAAAGUCAUAUUGACCAAAUCCUGAAGCGCGGCGAUGCUUAA